AUGAAUUCUUACGGCAUCUUGAAUCUGGGUCUCACCUUUUCGUCCUUUUCUCCGAUUCUGCCUUUGACAAGGCCGACGGAGCCCACAGCCGGGAGAAGGAGGCCUGGGAGGAGCUUGGGAAACUGUACAAGGACGAUCCAACGGUCCUAA